AUGGCGGGCGGCCGGGCCGGGCCGGGGCGCGGGGCCGGGGCUCUGCUGGCGUUGCUGGCUUUGCGGGCGCUCGGAGCUGCGGGCCACCCCCAGUGUCUGGAUUUCAGGCCUCCCUUUCGGCCGCCGCGGCCGCUGCGCUUCUGCACCCAGUACUCGGCCUUCGGCUGCUGCGGCCCCGAGCAGGACGAGGCGCUGGCCCGCCGCUUCGGGGACCUGGGGGCGCGCGUGGACGCCGCCGAGUGGGCAGCCUGCGCCGGUUACGCGCUCGACCUGCUAUGCCAAGAAUGUUCGCCUUACGCCGCCCACCUCUACGACGCCGAGGACCCGUCCACACCGCUGCGCACCGUGCCGGGACUCUGCGAGGACUAUUGCCUGGACAUGUGGCGCUCGUGCCGGGGGCUUUUCCGCCAUCUCUCAGUCGACCCCGCACUCAGGGCCCUGGAGGACAACCAGGCCCAGUUCUGCCGCUACCUGGCCCUGGACGACACGGACUAUUGCUACCCCAACCUGCUGGUGCGCGAGCACCUCAAUGCGCAUUUGGGCCGCGUGCGCGCAGAUGCCCAGGGCUGCCUGCAGCUUUGCCUAGAGGAAGUGGCAAAUGGGCUGCGCAACCCCGUGGCCCUGGUGCAUGCACACGAUAACACCCACCGCGUCUUUGUGGCCGAGCAGCUGGGGCUGGUGUGGGUCUACCUGGCCGACCGCUCGCGCCUGGAGCAGCCCUUCCUGAACCUCAGCCGGGCCGUGCUCACCUCUCCCUGGGAGGGCGACGAGCGAGGCUUUCUGGGCCUCGCCUUCCACAGCAGCUUUAAGGACAAUGGCCGCCUCUUCGUCUACUACUCGGUGGGCCUCGGCUCCAAUGAGUGGAUCCGCAUCAGCGAGUUCAGGGUCUCGAAAGAGGACAUGAAUGUGGUGGACCACAAGUCGGAGAGGAUCAUCCUGGAGAUCGCAGAACCAGCAUCCAACCACAACGGGGGUCAGCUGCUGUUCGGUGAAGAUGGGUACCUCUACAUUUUCACCGGAGACGGGGGGAUGGCUGGAGACCCCUUUGGCAAAUUUGGAAACUCCCAGAACAAGUCAGCGCUGCUGGGCAAGGUGCUGCGCUUAGACGUGGACCCCUCGGCGCGGGACGCUCCCUACCGCAUCCCGCCCGACAACCCGUUCGUGGGCGACCCCAUGGCCCGGCCCGAGGUCUACGCCCUAGGAGUUCGCAACAUGUGGCGCUGCUCCUUCGACCGGGGCGACCCCACCUCGGGCGCCGGCCGUGGGCGCCUCUUCUGCGGCGACGUGGGCCAGAACCGCUUCGAAGAGGUGGACCUGGUGGAAAAGGGCCGCAACUACGGGUGGCGCGCGCGGGAAGGGUUCGAGUGCUACGACAGGAAGCUGUGCGGGAAUGCGUCCUUGGAUGACGUGCUGCCCAUCUUUGCGUACCCACACAAGCUGGGGAAGUCAGUCACGGGGGGCUACGUGUACCGCGGCUGUGAGUACCCCAAUCUGAACGGCCUCUACAUCUUUGGUGACUUCAUGAGCGGGCGUCUCAUGUCGCUGCGGGAGCACGUGGAAACAAGUCAAUGGCUCUACAGCGAGAUCUGCAUGGGCCAUGGGCAGACGUGCGCCUUCCCAGGGCUCAUCAACAACUAUCAUCCACACAUCAUCUCCUUUGGUGAGGACGAAGCCGGAGAACUCUACUUCCUGUCCACAGCUGUACCCAGUGCCACUGCAGCUCGAGGUGUUGUGUACAAAGUGAUUGACCCAUCCAGACGGGCACCCCCGGGCAAGUGCCAAAUCAAGCCUAGCCCAGUGAAGACCAAGAGCCGGCUCAUCCCCUUUGUGCCCAGAGAAAAGUUCAUCAGAACCGAGAGCACCCAGCGCCCUCCACCACGCGAGCCCACCCAACCACCCCGCCGCCGUCGCCCCACGGCCGCCCCAUCGGGACCCACGCGACGACCGCCCAGGCCCACAAGGAGGCCCGGGGGUCGCAGGGGCUCCACGCGGGGCGGCAGCCGGACGAACCCCACGGAGAUGCCUGCGCCCCGUCGAGGCGCCGUGCGCCUGGUGCCCCUCGUCGGCGGAGGACCGGAGAGCGGCCGCGUGGAGGUGUUCGCGGGCGGCCGCUGGGGCACCAUUUGCGACGACGCGUGGGACAGCCGCGCGGCCACCGUGGUGUGUCGCCAGCUGGGCUUCGCCCUGGCUGUGCGCGCAGCCAAACGCGCAGAAUUUGGGGAGGGCCGCGCGCUGCCCAUCCUGCUGGAUGACGUGCGCUGCACGGGCGCCGAGCGCAGCCUCCUGGAGUGCCAGCACCGGGGCGUGGGCCGUCACAAUUGCGGGCACCAGGAGGACGCAGGUGUGGUCUGUGCCCACCAUCACCAAGAUGCAGGCCCCUAGCAGCUAGUCUGUGUGGCCGCCUUCGGGGACACA